AUGGUGAUGAUGGCUUCACCCAGUUUAGCCUCCAAAUGCUCGGCAGCAAUGGCGAAGCCUUCCCUGCCCCUGAAGCUGCUUCUCUGGGUGUUUAUUGCCGUUAAUCUCCCCGCAAGCUCCAUCCAGAAUGAGGACGACGAUGAGGCGACUAACAAGACGUGGGUGCUGACUCCCAAAGUGUUUGAGAGUGACGUCACACACAUCCUAAAUAGCCUGCUAGAUGGAUACGACAACAAACUCCGACCCGACAUCGGAGUCAAACCGACAGUGAUCCACACAGACAUGUUCGUCAACAGCAUCGGCCCGGUUAAUGCCAUCAAUAUGGAAUACACCAUCGACAUCUUCUUCGCCCAGACCUGGUACGACAGGAGGCUGAAAUUCAACAGCACGAUGAAGGUGCUGCGUCUCAACAGCAACAUGGUCGGGAAGAUCUGGAUCCCCGAUACUUUUUUCCGCAACUCGAAGAAGGCCGACGCCCACUGGAUCACCACACCCAAUCGCAUGCUCCGGAUCUGGAACGAUGGUCGAAUACUCUACACCCUCAGGUUGACCAUCGACGCCGAGUGCCAACUUAAACUGAACAACUUCCCGAUGGAUGAGCACUCAUGUCCCCUGGAGUUUUCAAGCUACGGAUACCCCAGGGAGGAGAUUGUGUACAAGUGGAAACGGAGCUCAGUGGAGGUUGGGGACAUUCGCUCCUGGAGGCUGUACCAGUUCUCCUUCGUGGGCCUGAGGAACACCUCUGAGAUCGUCCGGACCGUCUCAGGAGACUACGUGGUGCUGACCGUCUUCUUUGACCUGAGCAGGAGGAUGGGAUACUUCACCAUCCAGACCUACAUCCCAUGCACCCUGAUCGUUGUCCUCUCCUGGGUCUCAUUCUGGAUCAACAAGGAUGCAGUCCCUGCCCGGACGUCAUUAGGCAUCACCACGGUGCUGACCAUGACCACGCUGAGUACCAUUGCCAGGAAGUCCCUUCCUAAAGUGUCCUACGUGACCGCCAUGGACCUGUUCGUGUCCGUGUGCUUCAUCUUCGUCUUCGCCGCGCUCAUAGAGUACGGCACGCUGCACUACUUCGUCAGCAACAGGAAGCCGAGCGCCAAAAAGGACAGGAAGAAGAAAAACCCGCUCCUCCGGCUAUUUUCCUCAAAGACACCCACGGUCGACAUCCGUCCACGCUCCGCCACGGCCAUCCAAAUGAACAACGCCACGCACAUGCACGAGCGAGACGAGGAGUACGGCUACGAGUGCUUGGACGGGAAGGACUGCACCAGCUUCUUCUGCUGCUUCGAGGACUGCCGCUCCGGAGCCUGGCGGCACGGCAGGUUGCAUAUCCACGUCGCCAAGAUAGACUCGUAUGCACGCAUCUUCUUCCCCACCGCGUUCGGUCUCUUCAACCUGGUCUACUGGGUCUCCUAUCUCUAUCUCUAG